AAAGCGCUUGACUUGCGUACAACUCUGUAAAGUAAAGAAAUUUUCCCGAAAUGAAAAUGAAAUUUAACUGAAAAGUUCAGUCUUAGUUCAACACUUAGCGAUCGAAGUAUUAAGUGGAGACAUUUUAGUGGAAUUCUCACAGUGAAUCUUAUACCAAACGAUACAACAAAAUGGUUUACGAUUUCGAAAUUAACCGUCCAUCAACCUAUCGUCCGCGACAUUACACAUCGUAUACGCCGAUUUACUACAACAGCAACUACAAUACGUAUACGCCGUGGUAUCGAUUUCCAUCAAGUUUUACGGCUAAUGUUCGCCGACCGUACAGAUACAAUUUUGACUACAGAUACGAUAUCCCUGAUUAUAGAUUCAGGUCUUACACAACAACAACUCCCAAGAUAUUCUCAUCGGUUUGGACAGAUGCUGACAGACACUAUUUCAGCCGACGAUUGACCGACGAUAUCAUAGAUUCUCGCGCUACCCGGGCUACAAGUGUUCCGCGCUUUACUCGCGCUUCAAGUUUGGAAAGUGAUAACGACUUCUACGAUACUAUCUUUCGCGCACGACAUGCCAUCAGCCGUGCAAGAAUGAUGAGUGAAGAGCCCACAUUAUACAGCAGAAUUAAAUCGUUCUAAAUCGCGUUGUUCUGACCUAGUAGUGUCUCCAACGAAAAUUAAUUUCUUUUGAAGAGACUUUUAUAUGAUUCAUCCUUUCGCUACUUUCAAAUACUUAACAAAAAUGCAUGCACUGCUUUUCUCAUCACUGAAUCUAAUUUAAACUCAACACACCACUUGUUGUGCUGAGAGUGUUACAAACGACUUAAAACGAACGAAUUUUGAUUAUUUAAAUUUUUUUAUAAAAUAAUGAGAUGCAAAAUUAUUGUAAGUUUAUUACACUCUGAUUUA